UGCCUCUGCAUCUAUUGUGAGUUUGCCUCUGACCCUCCUGCUGUUCAUGCUGACCCACAGCAGGUACUAAGAUGUCCCAGCAACGCACACUGCCAGUGACUGCACCUGCUUCUGUCAGUCAGGAGUCCCUCAAGACUGUUUCUGCUCCACCCGGUAUCCAUCAGGAGCAAAUAAAGCAGCCAACUGCACGGCCUGACCCAUGCCAGAAAGUGCCUCCCAAGCUCCCAAUGGAAAAUCCUCCAAAACAUGAGAAAAACACAGCCAUUGCAAAGGGGCUGUCUGAGCGAGAGUGUGGGCCUAAGCAACAGGAGCCAGAGCUGCACCUGGGACCGCUGCAGUCACAAGAGUUCCAGGAAUCAGAGCUGCACUUGGGUGAGCGGCAAGGGCCAGAGGAGCUGCAUUUGAGACAGCAGCAUGAACAGAAACCCCAGGAGCCAGAGCUGCGUCUGGGACAGAAGGAGCAACAAGAGCCGCAGGAGCCAGAGCUGUGUCUGGGACAGAAAAAGGAACAGGAGCCACAAGAGCCAGAACUGCAUCUGGGGCGGCAACAACAGAAGCCACAGGAGCCUGAACUGCACCUGGGACAGCAGCAGAAGCCACAGGAGCCAGAGCUGCAUUUGGAACAGAAGAGGGAACAGAAGCCACAGGAGCCAGAGCUGUGUCUGGUGCAGAAAACAGAACAGGAGCCACAGGAGCCAGAGCUGCAUUUGGGACAGAAGAGAGAACAGAAGCCACAGGAACCAAAGCUGCAUCCGGGACAGAAAAAUGAACAGGAUUCACAGGAGCCAGAGCUGCAUCUGGGACAAAAGGACAGACAGGAGUUGCAGGAGCCAGAGCUGCACCUGGAACAGAAGCAGCAACAAAAGACUCAGGAUCCAGAGCUGCGCCUGGGACAGCAGCAGAAGCCGCAGCAGCCAGAGGACCAGGAACUGCACUUGAUACAGCAGCAGCGGCAGGAGCUUCAGAAACAAGAGCAGCAUCUGAGAAAGCAGCAAGAUCCACCGAAUCCACCAGAGCCUGAGCUGCAACUGGGACAGAAGCAGAAGCCACAGGAGCCAGAUGAGCACCUGGGACAACAGGAGAAACCACAGGAGCCAGAGCUGCACCUGGGACAACAGGAGAAGCCACAGGAACCAGAGUUGCAGCAGGGACAAAAAGAGAAGCUACAAGAACCAGAGCUGUACCCUACACAACGGGAGAAGCCCCAGGAGCCCCAGGAGCAGGAAGUACACCUGGGACAACAGCACAAACAGAAUCCACAGGAACAAGAGCCACAUGAGGAACCACAGCAGAAGCAGCAGGGAGAGCAUGAAGAAUAUCAGGAAGCAGAAAACCUGGAGCAGCAGCUCAACCAAGAGAAAGUACAAAGGCAAGAGCAACUUAAAGAGCAGCAACUGGAUCAAGAGCUAGUAAAGAGAGAUGAGCAAGUAAGAAAGAACAAGCAGCUUUUGGAGCACCUGGAGCAGCAGGAGAAACAUCUGGAGCAAGCUCCUCCUGCCUCAACCCUGGGGCAGGUCCAAAAGACUGAGCCAGUGAAGGAGGGAAGUCUUGCUCCCCGUGAGAAACAGUAGUCGAAGCAGGAGAUGCAGUAACUACCCAAAAUUAACCCCAGGAUCCCUCAGACCAUCCCACACAAGGAAAAAGAGAGUUGCUGGCCCAACUUUCCCCCGGAUGUCCCUUUCCUCGGUGAAUCCACUUGACCCUAUUCCUCUGCACGUCUCUUUGAUAGUGCUGGGAAAGAGGAUGUUAUGAUCCAACACUUAACCUAAAGGAGCCCAAUCCCAACCCUAGGUGAUCAGAGCCUCUGCCUGAGACUAUUAGCAACUAUAGCAACUCUGACUUCACCCUAGUAUUGUGGCUGAAUCUGUGAAUGUGUACAAUAAUAUAUAAUAAACACUGGAAAUCCCAGGAUCCUGUAA